AAUGUUUUUCUCAUUUUUAUUUUUGGUAUUUUCUGUCCGUAUAUAUGUAGGUUGAAUCAUAGCAUAUUCCAUAAUUUUUCUAACCAAACUCAAAAUUUUGUUUUGACCUAAUAAAAAAAAAAUACAGGGGGACGGCUGCCGAUGAGUUGGUACCCACAAUCCUACGCCGACAAGAUCCCGAUGACCAACAUGAACAUGAGGCCCGACAACGCCACCGGCUACCCCGGUCGUACCUACCGCUUCUACACCGGCGAAACCGUCUACACAUUCGGCGACGGCCUCAGCUACUCCAAAGUCUCCCACGAGCUCAUCCAAUCCCCUGCAAAAUCCCUCUCCAUCCCGCUCCACGCCGACCACUACUGCCGCUCGUCGGAGUGCCGGUCGGUCGACGCUGCGGAUGCAGGGGAGAUCUGCGGGAGCAGCGGGAUGAUGGAUCUCCACCUGAAGGUGCAAAACGACGGCGAGGGGAUGAAGGGCAGCCACACGGUGUUCCUGUUCACCACCCCGCCGGCGGUCCACGGGUCGCCGAGGAAGCAGCUGGUCGGGUUCGAGAAGGUGUGGCUGGAGGCCGGCGGGGAGGCGGUGGUGAAGUUUACGGUGGACGUGUGUAAGGAUUUGAGCGUGGUGGAUGAAUUGGGGAACAGGAAGAUUGCGCUGGGGGAACAUGUGCUGCAUGUCGGAGAUUUGAAGCAUUCCUUCACCAUUGGGGUUUGAUUUGGUGAUGAAUUGAUUAAGCAAUGUAGUCAAUCAUUUCUUGCUCUGUUCUUUCUCUGUUCUUUAUUUGGGUUUCUGGCUGGCAUCCCGUCGUUUCUCCAAUGAUGGAGAGUUGAUGCGGAAGUGAUCGAUUGAUCAGGGGGGGAAGCAAGACAUUUGAUUCUGGAUUCAUAUUCAUUCACGCAAGUGUUCAAAAAAGGAAGAUUGCAAUACGAAAUGAUGGAAGGCUGCUUUCUUUCUAAUAGCCAUACUCUCUUUCUUUUUUGGUUGAAGUAAUGAAGUAUGGUUGUGAAUAAACAGGAAUAAGGAAACGGUACAAGAGAUCGAAUUGGUGAAAGAAGUAUCAUUAUCUAAUUUACCAAAAAAUUGAUGUGUCGAACUAAGUACUUUUAUUAUAGAGAUCAGUUUGUAUACUAUGUAUGAACUCUAUAAUUUUUAGUGCAUAGAACUUAAGAGGUUUGAGGUAAUAAUACAGAACAAUUUCACAAAACACUGACUGGAGGUGUAAUUUUAUGGACCAUAUCACUUGCUAGAUCGUCGGAACGGUUCAAACUGGUUUGAAAAUGUUGCUAGUAUCUUUCUCACAUACCAUCUACAAGAGCGGAGGUGAAUGAACUAAAACUAACUGAGAAACAUUACUUUAUCUUAUUGGCAUGUCAUUUAAUGUUGAUUUGAAUCCGAGUUUUCUCAUAGAUCGAGCUCAAACUCGUUAUGAUUGUUUGCAAUACCACUAAUUAUUUAUCGACUCCAUUCACGAAUAGGUUUAUCUACUAACACGUCAAGGUUGAGUUACACCUCGUACAUCUCAACGGAUUCACAAACUAACACGAUAAAAUACAAACAUAGAACAUUUGUAAAAAAAUGAACAUUAAUCAGUUUUGUUAACUAACUUCGUGUUUAGUUUAUUGAGCUCACUUAUCGAACCAUGCACGAUGUUGGCCUCAAACUCAACGAGCUCACUUUACAAAUGUUCUAUGUUUGUAUUUUAUCGUGUUAGUUUGUGAAUCCGUUGAGAUGUACGAGGUGUAACUCAACCUUGAUGUGUUAGUAGAUAAACCUAUUCUUGAACAGGCUCGAUAAAUAAUUAGUGGUAUUGCAAAGGGUUAUAGGUAUAAUAUGCCCCUAUACUAUGCAGUUUUAUCAAACAUGUCUCUCUACUAUUUUUUACGUCAAAUAUGCCCAUGGACAUUGUAAGAAUGAUCAAACAUGCCCUUCUGUUAAAAUUUCCAUUAUAAAAAUUGUCAACAAUGGUUGAACAAAGAUUUAGACGACCCGACAUCGGUAAAUGGGAGGGAAAAUGUUAGUUUUUUCUCUUUAUUUAUUUCUCUAGGUCUUGUUAAAUUGAAAUUAUUAGAGGUAUUUGGCACUACAAAAGAACCCAAACAAUUCUAAAUUGAAAUUAUCAAGGAUAUUUUAGACAUUUGUGUCGCCCAAACCAUGGUUGACGAUCUUUGGAUGAAAAUUUUAGCAAAAGAGCAUGUUUGAUGUAAAAAAAUAGUAGAGGUGCAUGUUUGAUAAAAUGACACAAUAAAAGUACAUAUUAUACCUAUAACCCUAUUGCAAACAAUCAUAAUAUCCCAUCUUUUUUCGCACAAGAAGAAUAGUGUUGAGCUAAAAUGGGCUCGGGAGAACAAGAGGUCAAAUGGGCUGCAUAAAGAUAAAAGAAAGGAAGUGGGCUGUUAUGACUCCACGGCCCACAACUACUAUCAUUUCCUGAGUGAGGUAUCGGCAGACUGUCUCACAGGGGAGGGAGGAAUGUGUGUAACCAAAAUACACAAAGAAGAGGAACACAAAUGACGUACAAGAACUCUGAGUAGAAUAUGAAUCUGACCACCAAUAUCUAUAACUUAAUCUUUGCAAAGUGCCUCUUCAUACCCAACAAAUAUCGGUUUGACUCAUUGAGGGUUUAUUAAACACGGGAAGAUGACGAUAUUAAUAAAUCAACAACAUUUAU